CGCGAUCUUCCACAAGUAUUUUACAUCGGGCUUGUUUGUCGAUGCCCAAUAGUAAGCGGCCGAUUAAAAUCGAUAACCUGAUAGCUAUUUAUCGACCCAGACUCCCCGCGAGAGGACUACUGCCUCGCCAGUCAUCGACGUGUCCUAACGCGCGCACGCACAAUGCUGCGUCCCCGUUUUCGCUGACCUUGAAACUAGGAUGAAGGAGUGUGUCGGUGACCUGUAGUGAAUCCCGAAGUAGCCUAUAGUGCAUCGCGACCGAUCCUGAGGACGCGCGCCCUACGUGGGGAUACUCCACGUGGCCGUCUCUCCUCCUCUCUCUCUAUCUUUUGUGUGGGUGCAAUUUGUUAUGUCAUUGGGUAAAAAGGAAAAAUGGGAAUCGUAAGCUCGAGAAACAAAAGAGAUACCCACUUGGGAAGCAAUGGGCCCAUCGCAAGAGGUGCAGCCAGCAAACAGAUGGACGAGGAUGUGACAUUGUUGAAGAGGACAAUCCUAAAUGAUCCUAACAGUUUUAUCUUAAACAAUCUCAUGAUGUGUAUCCAGUUCUUCGAGAAUUAUGAGGAUGACAUAAUUCAAAUUAAAGAAACUCUGGCGUCAUCCUACGAAAGCGAAUUAAAUAAGAGACUACCAUCUCAAAAGCACGUUCUUUUGCCGGACGUUCUUCAGAAGCACAUCUCAUGUAACGUCGAAUUCACUUCGACGAGACAGACCGGUGUUCUUGUUAACGAACCAUUGCAACCUAUUCGCAUUUAUGUUGUGCACAACAAUAUAGAAAUUACGGAGCAACAUUAUGUAUCAGAAUACAGUAGCCUGAAUAAUGGGAUUACGUAUAACCUGAUGGUGCAAGCAAGUGAAAAUCCCGGAUACGUGCUGUUGCAACGCCUCGACGAAAUGCCGUACGCGAGAAACUUCAACAAAGAAGACAUCGAUCCUUCCUCAACGGCGGAUGACACCGAGGUAUACGAAAGCGACGGCGAGAGCGAUUGUAGUCGUAAUUCGAACAUGAUGCUUCCGCAUCAGCGAAACAGAAAGAGAGGAUCUCCCCAGACGUCUUUAACUUUUAAUGCCAAAUCUUUGCCCAAUCUAUGUGACGACGAGGUAAUUUACGAAGACCAAAUAUCUCUCUCGUGCAAAAAUAUGUACGAAACCCGAUCCAACCAUGAUAUCAAGACCGAGUCUGAUUGUGAACACAUGUCCUCGACGGAGGACAGGAUGAGUAACGGCAGGAAAACGUGGUCGAAGAACGAACAGGAGAUUAGGAAAAGGAGUUAUCAGUGUUAUCCCCCCCGAUCCAGUACGGCAAAAUCGGUGAGACAUAAAAUUCGCACGCCAGAAAGCAGCUCGAGUUCCGGCUACGGAACUACCGGCCGAUCCGGAGCUUGCGACAGCGAGAGCGAAUGGAGCUACGAAGCAUCUAGCAUGCAAGCUAUUCGUAACGCGACUCAUGACGAAACUGCCGCGGGUGCAUCGACGAAGAUCUACGAUUUGAACGGGAUGAUUCCAAGGCAGUGUUUUAAGAAGAUGAGGAUCAACAACAACGACAAGAUCUACACGGUGCGCCGGAAGAGGAGGCCGCAGAACAGCUUGCAAUUUCGCCUCAUGAUGGCCGACAGACAAUACGACUUCGAUGUUUUCUACACUAGUAGUAGAGUAUUCAUGAACUACUUCGCCGACUUCUUCGCAGACCAAUUGGCAAAGCCGCUGGGUUUCCAGCAGGUCGAUCGGAAUUGUAUGGAGGAGUCGGUUAUUCACUGUGACAAGAUGAUUGCAUCGCACACUACCAGGCGUAUCGAGUCCUACGAGAUCUCGCCGGCGAUACGGCUGCAGUGGCCGGAGUACGCGCAGGAAUGGCUGGACAGACCGAGAAGCACUUGGCCUGAGUACAAUGACAUCAAUAAAGUGAAGGACUUAGGUUGUUACGUGGUGCCCGAAAACUCUCUGCCGAAAAGACUCUUGUCAAAUGGAUUAUCUCGGCACCGUCAAGGUGUCAAGAAGAAUAAACACCAGGAACUUGAGUGGCAGCUGAUAUUCCCAGCUGCGGAACGAUACCUGGAGACCUGCAUGACGCACUCGCAAGUGCAAGUGUACCUGAUCGCGCUGAUGCUCUAUAAGACAUUUUUAAGAUCGGUCCAGGAGACGACGCACGGCCUGACCAUCUCUCACAUUAGGAAUAAGCUAUUCUGGUUGAUCGAGGAGGACGACGGGCCUUCCAAGUGGCCCGACAAUCGGACCGGCGAGUGCCUGAUCAAGUUGCUGAGCAGCCUCUAUCGCUGCAUCAGACAGAGCGAACCCAAUCUACCGGACUAUUUCCUCCGCGAUAAAAAUCUAUUUGACAAAGUGCCUUUCGAUUACCUGUUGCACAGCCAGAAGCAACUAAAGAGGAUAAUCGAGAAUCCUAUCAUGUAUGUGUUCCACGCGAUGGAAAAUAUCAAGCUUAGCGACAAGUUCUUCCCGCAAGUAGACUUUACGAAGCUGUUCAAGCUACUGACGGUGAGACCGUUAGAGGCCUUGAUGAAUCCAGCCUUAGACAUGCAUUUAUCGUCGUCGAAAAUCUACGAGUCCCACAGAGAGAUCUACAGCAGAUCCAGGGACUGGUCUCGGAAAAGGAAUACGCAGCAUUGUCGAGAGGAGAUCUACAACAAGGCCGAUCGCCCUGGAUACUGGCAGAAUAACCGAAAGAAGAAUUCGCAAAAUUACAGCACGUCAACCGUGAGCCGGACGCUGAUCAUGCCGCGCAAGGCCACGGACUCUAUCGUCGAGAUUUCGGAACGGUGUGCCGAAUUGGAGGAUAUAAGGCUGGGCGCUCUGUUGGGCUUUUUCAUCACGCAUUUCGUCAAAAUGGCCGAAUGCUGUCAUAAGUAUCGGUCUUAUCAGAAAAAUGUUUAUCUUGAUCAGGCUGAUCGAUUGUCGAUUAUCCUAUCGGAAAUGGCCAGAUACAAGGACGACGCGAAGGCUUAUCGCAAGAAAAUCUAUAAUCUGAGGAUGAGGCCAAUGGUGAAUUCAACGAGAUCGCCGAACAAACCACCGCAAACGCCUAAGAGGAAUCAAGAGCCUGUGUUCAGCGUCAACAUGAAAGAUCGUUUUACGCGACAAUUCUCUGAGAUCAUGAAGCCAAAGAACGAGCGACCGCAAUCUAGUCAUGAAGAGCACACGAACAAGGUCACAAAAACGGCUGCUCCGGUACAAUUAACGAACGAGGGAGCCGCGCAGGCGGAUACUGCGAGCGCGAUUACGACCGAGGACGAAGAUCCUUACGCUUCGAGGAAACCUCUAUCGAAGGAUCAGGGUGAUCCUUCGAUAGAGGUUUCGACCGAGGCCUCGGGUACGGUACAGAAAGUGGUCUCUCUAGCGGACAAUCUAAACGAAACGACAUAUACAUGCGUUUAGAAAUAGGACGUAGAUGAUCUGUGGAAAGCGCGAUAAAGACAAAUCUUUGUAUUCAAUAAUUGCGCUCGAAGAAAAUCGAAAUGGUAUUUAUUCUUAUAUUUCGAGAGUGAUCGAAAGUUGAUUUAGUAAGUAAUCGAGGAAGACUGAGCGUGCUUAUCGCACGCUUGCGAAUUGUCGAUAUUCGAUCGUCGCGUUAUGCAAGAGCGAACACACACACACACACACACACACACACACACACACACACACACACACAUAUAUACACGUAGUGAUUAGUAAUAGUUAAAGUAAUUUAUAAAAGUAGCCGCAGUUAGGUUCAACUAGCGAAUAUAUUUUUGUAAAAUAGCAAUGUCAUUGUAAAGCAUCGCACGUGUACUUAGCAUAGUAGAGCGCAUUGCUGGAUUACAUGUUUCAAAAAGAGAAUCUUUUACUAAGAAAUAUUUCUAAUUUAAAGAAAAAGUUUAAUUUUUAUAUCUCACAAUACACUCAUAUUUGUCUUUUUGAACUUUAUACACGAAUCUAACGAUUUCGCUCUAUCUUUCGUUACUUCGUUAUCGUUAAUCUCAUUAUCUUUGUAUCUAUGUCAGUUCAUUAAAUCCUUAAUUUUAUCACGAUUAAAUGCGAUAUCUCUUCAACUCAAAUAUCCAUACUGUAAAAUCAGGCAUCAUAUUUCACCAUGUUAUAAAUUCAAAUUGUGAAAACUCGAAAAAUUUAACCGGUGUACAAGCACAUCUCUCACAAAUGCCUUCUUCUUGUGAGCAUUCUUGUAAAUAUUACGUGUAAAUCAUUCUUUCCAUAUACGCGAUCAUGCGAGUGAUAAUUAAAUAUCAUAUCUAAAACGACAUAAAGCAAUUAAUGAGAAAUUUA